GUAUUUUGAUAUCGAUACGCCGAUAAGCUCCCAAAGAAUCCCACAAUCCUUCUUUUCCGUGAUAAUCAACGUGGUGGCAAGCCGUGUGACGAACACCCUAAAAAUGGCAGCAAGGCCACUUAUAACCGUUCAUAGUGAAAAGGGAGAGGCUACUGGUACCAACAUUACUCUCCCUGCUGUGUUUAAAGCACCAAUUAGACCAGAUAUUGUUAACACAGUUCACUUUCAAAUGCUGAAAAACACUAGACAACCAUAUGCUGUUUCAAUGAAAGCAGGUCACCAGACUUCGGCUGAGUCUUGGGGCACAGGUCGUGCUGUUGCUCGUAUUCCUCGUGUGCGUGGUGGUGGUACUCACAGAUCAGGUCAGGGUGCUUUUGGAAACAUGUGCCGUGGUGGUCGCAUGUUUGCUCCAACCAGAACCUGGAGACGUUGGCACAGGAAGAUAAAUGUCAACCAGCGCCGUUAUGCUAUUACUUCAGCUAUUGCAGCAACUGGCGUCCCAGCAUUAGUCAUGUCCAAAGGUCAUCGCAUUGAGGAAAUCCCUGAGGUUCCACUUGUUGUUAGUGAUAAAAUUGAGGAAAUUAAAAAAACGAAAGAGGCUGUUCUUGUUCUUAAGAAACUAAAGGCUUGGUCUGAUAUUGAAAAGGUAUACAACAGCAAGCGCUUCCGUGCUGGAAGAGGUAAGAUGAGGAACCGUCGUCGUAUCCAAAGAAGGGGUCCUCUUGUAAUUUAUAACAAGGACAAUGGCAUUACUCGUGCUUUCAGAAAUAUUCCUGGUAUUACUCUUAUCAGUGUUGACAGACUCAAUUUGCUGAAGAUUGCUCCUGGUGGUCAUGUGGGCAGAUUUUGCAUUUGGACUGAAUCGGCAUUCAAGCGUCUGGAUGACAUUUAUGGUACUUGGCGCAAAGAAUCUAAAGAAAAGAAGGGAUACAACUUGCCCAUGCACAAGAUGGCAUCAUUUGAUCUGGCUCGUCUUUUGAAGAGUGAUGAAAUUCAGUCUGUUGUCAGGGCACCCAAGAGGGAGGUCAAGAGAAGAGUGCUUAAGAAAAAUCCUCUUAAGAACUACAGAGUUAUGGUCAGACUUAAUCCUUAUGAAAAACAUGCAAAGAAACAAGCUAAGCACAUUGAAACACUGCGUAAGAGGGCUAAGGAGGAACUUCUAAACAAGAAGAGAGGCAUUACCAAGCCGUUGGAGCCAUUGCCUAAAGGUAAAUCUGCUGCUAGGAAAGCUAAGCGAUUGGCCAAGAAAGGAGGAAAGCCAGCUGCUGCCAAAAAGCCUGCUAAGAAAUAAAUGUCUAUUUGUCAGGCACAUUAAAAGUUCCUUUGAUUUA